UUCAUUUUUUUUUUUUUUUUUGCUUAAUCGGAAAAUGUCAGGUUACCGAAAUCAACCUUCCGGUUACGGUUAUGGUUACGGCGGUGGCGGUGGUGGUGGUGGUUACGGAGCUCCACCGCCGACGUCUCAGCCGUACAGUUCUCCACCCUACGGCUCGCAACAUCCUCCGCCACAGUCACAGCAGCCGUACGCUCCGGUGGCCGCGCAAUAUGGCGCACCGUCGGCACCGUAUGGAUCAUCUCCGGGCGAAAAGCCGCCGAAGGACAAGCCUAAUCAGUCUUACGGCGGAUCAGCCAGCGGUGGUCAUGGUUAUCCACCGCCUUCUGCGUAUGGAAGCCCAUUCGCCUCACUCAUGCCCUCCGCCUUUCCGCCUGGGACUGAUCCGAGCAUCGUUGCGUGUUUUCAAGUAGCCGAUCGGGAUAGGAGUGGGUUUAUUGAUGAUAAGGAGUUGCAAGGUGUUCUGUCAUCGUAUAAUCAGAAGUUUAGCAUGAGAACUGUUCACCUCCUCAUGUUUCAUUUCACCAACACAAGCACCAGGAAGAUCGGACCCAAGGAGUUCAUUGCUCUGUUUUAUGGUCUUCUAAGCUGGAGGGGUAUUUUUGAGAGAUUUGAUUCAGACCGAAGUGGAAAAAUUGAUUCCAGAGAGUUGAAAGAAGCACUUUUCAGUUUGGGCUUUUCUGUCUCACCAAUGAUCUUAGACUUGCUGGUGUCUAAGUUUGACAAAAGUGGUGGGAAUAGCAAGGCCAUUGAGUAUGAUAAUUUUAUAGAGUGUUGUCUUACAGUCAAGGGGCUGACCGAAAAAUUCAAGGAAAAGGACACCAUGUACUCUGGUUCAGCAACCUUCAGUUACGAGGCUUUCAUGUUGACAGUCCUACCAUUUCUCAUUGCCUGAGGAGUUCUUCAGCCUUCGUUCCAUCAGGUACGUUCAUUUGGCUUUUCCUUCUGAUUUCCAUUGUGUUUGAUAGAAUAUAUUUAUGCAGCCUUAUCCUUAUCCUAUCCCAUAUUUCCAAUUUCUCGUUUGACUGUAAAAUUUAGGUCAUUGUGUCAUAUAUGAUGUAAUGUGCAACGAUUCAUUGGGCUAAUGGUAUUAUUGAAUACUCUUGCCCCUAUGGGUAUAAAUGAUUCUUGGGAAUA